AUGUACAGUGUUAGUAAUCAGCGGCCCACGAAUCGACCAGGCCUUCAUACCCCUCACCAAAACGCACCUGGGGUCUCCACAUUGACAUCAACAGUGCUUAAAGGACAGUCUACGAGUGCCAGCAAGGUACGCCCACUAAGUCUGGUGAGAGAGUCCCUUCGGAGUAACAUCAGUGCUAUCAGAGAUUCAAUCAGGAGCACUGCAAGUUCACAAGGACUUAAAACUCCAAUUGACAUCGCAGCCCUUCCAGGAGGAAAGACCUCAAGUCUCAAGGAUCCAAACGAGGAUGUUGUUAGGACUGAGGACUUUGAUCAGGAAGAUGCAGUGACAUCUACAUCUAGUUCAACCAUUAAAGAUCUAUUUCAAGAUGUAGACACCGUCCCGGUGAGGGAUAAUCCUGACGGUGACAUGCAGGGUUACUUCAACAGCACUCCCCUGAUUGUCCCCCGUCACUCGCCCAUGCGGGGGUCAUGGCAAGACUCCAAGGUCACAGUCUUCCCUGAUAAUGACAGUGGAUUCAGUUCCAUGAAAAGAUCAUUCAACUCAGGAGACGACAUGGCACUCACACCUCGGUUCAGCUCUGGUCCAAUGGUUCGGUCACAGUCAAUGAACAGACUCAAUGGCUCCUUUAUGUCACAGGAUUUAACUCCCCUUUCUAGUCACUAUAGCCCCACCUUGGACAGAUCCCUUCAGACGAUGAGUAAUUCUCUAGAGGACAGUGAGAAUAGAAGAUGUGUACUGAUGCAUAAACUUAAGGAGGCUCAAGACACAUUAGAGCUUCAAAGUGAGAGACUAGGAAAAAUAGAGAACUCUGCAAAAGGAAACACAAUCUUAGUGGAGGACCUGAAGUUUAAAGAAAUGGAAUAUAGAAAAAAGAUAAAAAUGUUAGAAGAAGCAGAACAAGAUAAAGAUAUACUCAGGAUGGAAAACAUUAGACUCCGACAAGAAAUGCAGGACAGAAUAGACAAGUUAGAUUUUGCCCUGCGGUCAUUACAAGCCCAGCACAUGGUGGCCGAGACAGAUAAUCAGAAAAGGAUAAACCUUCUGGACCAGUCUACCAAAGCACUCACUAUGUUAGAGUCAGAAAACCAAAAACUCCAGCAGGAUAAAGAGACACUAUCACGAGAAUUAGGUGUUACUAAAGAAAGCAUGAGACUAGCCAAGGACAGGUUUGAACCACUGGAGGAGGAUAACAAAAAUCUAAGGACAGAAAUUCUCAGACUCAAGGAGGAGAAUGCUGACCUCACAAGGAAACUAGCUGAGCUGACAGGUCAGUUGACAGAACUCAGGGCACUGACCAACUCAAUGAAGGAGGAAAAUGAAAAACUGGCUUCUUCAUGGAAAUCUUUAGCUGAUGAGAAACAAACAAUGAUGAAGAAGAUGGACAAUCACAAGGUCAAAGCCACAGACAUGCAGGCUAAGGCCUCUAGUGCCAUUGUGGAAAAAGACAGACUCUUCCAGGAAAAGAUGGACCUCAAUAACAAAUUCCAACAACUCAUCGUCAACAAGGAGCAGUUAGAUCGGGCCAAUAGUGUUAUGCAGGAACAGAUAAAUGACCUUCAGGAUGAAGUUGAGAAGGUCAAGAAAGUCGCAAAGAACAAGGACAUGGAGAAAAAUGCCAUGGAGGAUGCUCUUCAUGAAAUGAAACAGGUGAACCAAGAAAUAACAUCAGACCUGGCCUCAGUAAAAGCUUACUACGAGCGAGCCCUCGAACAAAUCAGUGUGCUGGAAAAUGGUAAAAAAUUGUCUUCACAGCAACAGGACUUUGCUAACCAGGAGAAGGACCGCCUUCGGAUGGAAGUGGAAAGGCUUAGCAAGAUGACUGAUGGAAAAACAAAAGAUAUGAAACGUGAAAGAGAAGAAUUUGAUGAAACUAUUCAUGCUCUCAAGGUAAUUAUAGAAAUGAGAAUCAAGUUGACUGUUGAUGAAGAACUGAAGCUCUCUAAUGAAAUGAGAGAACUCCGCCAUGAAAAUUCACAUUUCCAUAACAAGAACCAAGAGUUAGAAACAAAAUUGCGCAAGGCUAACGAAGACAUACGAUCCUCGACCAUGGCCACGCAGGAAGAGCUGGAUACCUGGAAGGACACAUGUGACCGCCUCACUGCCUCAGUCCAUAAGAAGGAGUCCGAGAUACAGGCCUUGAUGGACCGAUGUGAAGAACUGGAUGAUAUUGGUUCAAAGGUGAAGACAGAAAACAGAGCUCUAAAGGAGGAAUGUGAGACACUGUCAGAACAACAGGAAAAUGUUACAAAAUUAAAAGCAGAAAACAGAAAGCUGAUACAGGAGACUGCUGAGAAUGAACAGAUGAUCAAACUAUUGGAAACACAGAAGGAAGUCCUCACAAAGAGUUCAGAAAACAGUUUAGCCAAGCUUCAUGAUAUUGAUCAACUUACAGGCAAAGUGGAACAACUAAGAAAUGAGAAUGAACAUUUCAGAGACAGAGUUUUGGAACUUGAAAAAGUACGAGACAACCUAAUUAGCCAAAAGGAAGAACUACUGGCAAGUACUGAGUUGAUAUACAAAAAGCCUCGACUGGAAGACCUUGAGAACAAGGUCGAAGAGCUGCAGCAAGCUAACAGACAACUAAGGGAAAUGAAUGAGUCAAUGAACAAUCAGUUUGAAACUAUUGAACAGGAAAAUGUGGAGCUCAAAGAAGCGGUAGGAGGAGAUGGGUCUCUUGUGCCAAAAGUGGAAAUGGAACGGGUCGAAGAGGAGAAGGAAAACCUCCAUAGAGAAAUGGAGAGAAUGAUGAGAGAGAACCAAGGCCUGCAGGAGAGACACGAACAAUAUGUCAAUGACUAUGGACCUGAUGGACAAAUUGUGCAGGAUGAAAAGGACAAGGUGCGUAAGUUGGAGCGUGAGAAAGAAGGACUAGAGAAGCAGGUGGCAUUGAUUAAUGGAUCUCUGCUGCUGGUGGAGGGCAGUAAGAAACGUCUAGAUGAGGUUGUAGAGGAUCUGCAGCAUGAGAUUGUGCACCUUAGGAAGGAGCUAGAGGAGGCAGAAAAGCAGGAGAUGCUGAGAGUCUGCCACGGCAGACCUGUAGGUAGUGCAGAAAUGGAACAACUACAGAGUGAGAUUGACAAUUUGAGGGAUGUUCUAUCAAAGACUCAAGCUGACAAGCUCAAACAGGAGAAAAUCAUUAAAGAUCUCAAGGAGGAACUUGAUGAUGAAAAGUCUAAAGGUCCACAUGUUAUACGAGAGUCCUUAGAUGAUGUUGGUACAGACCUCAACGACAUGCGAGGUGAACUGCAUAAGCUGAUGGGUGUGAUAGAGACAAAGGACCAGGCCAUCGAAACACUGGAAGGACAGCUCAAACACUCAAAAGUAGAGAUAGAAAACAGAGAAAAAGCUAUGAACCAACUCCAGAGUCUCAUGUCUCAUGUAGAUGAGAAACGCAGCAUGGAAAAUGGAAAUCAUUCCCCAAGGAAAACAGAUGAAGACGGAGAACUGACACCUCGUAGUCCUAAGCCACAUAUUAAACGUCCAGAUUCAUUUAUGAAUUUAUUGUCCACGUCAUCUUCUGAUAAAGAUGUUAAGAGUGGAGACCCAGGUAUCUCUGUGACACCUGGGCUUUAUGGCACACAGUUUCUGGGAACUAAACCUCAACGGAGCUCCAGUACAGGACCAGGGGACAACAAGGGAGGGGACCGUCUCCAAUCUCUGAUAUCCAAGUACCGCAGUCAUAGUGAGAGUCCAUUCCCAGAGCGAAAAAUCAAACCGUUGUCAUUAUCACCGAGCAGUAAAAUGGGACUCGUAACAAGAGGACGUAGCUUCGGACCAGCUGCUCCUAAAUCCUCCGAUGAGAUACAGCAAGAUCCUUGAAAUGGAAGUCUAAACCUAGCACGUGACACCAGCCAUAGUUCUCAGGAAUUGGAUCAACCAGAAC